AUGGCGGCCGAUAUCAGCAGCGAGCAGAUGCAGGCCAAGAUCGCCGCGGCCCGGCGCGAGGCUGAGGGAUUGAAGGAUAAGAUCAAGCGCCGGAAGGAUGAACUGGCAGAUACGACCUUGCAGCAGGUGGCCAUGAACAACACGGAUCCUCUUCCCCGGAUCGGGAUGAGGCCGCGACGGACGUUGAAGGGCCACCUGGCCAAGAUCUACGCCAUGCACUGGUCGACCGACCGACGACAUCUGGUUUCCGCCUCGCAAGAUGGAAAGCUCAUCAUCUGGGAUGCCUACACGACCAACAAAGUCCACGCGAUUCCGCUGCGAUCAUCCUGGGUCAUGACCUGCGCCUACGCCCCCAGCGGCAACUACGUCGCCUGCGGUGGUCUCGACAACAUUUGCUCCAUCUACAACCUCUCUGCCCGUGAGGGUCCCACCCGUGUUGCCCGCGAACUGUCCGGUCACUCGGGUUACCUGUCGUGCUGCCGCUUCAUCAACGACCGUCGCAUCAUCACUUCCUCCGGUGACAUGACCUGCAUGCUGUGGGAUAUCGAGUCGGGCUCCAAAGUGACCGAGUUCGCCGACCACCUGGGCGAUGUCAUGUCCAUCAGCAUCAACCCGACUAACCAGAACGUCUUUGUCUCGGGUGCCUGCGACGCCUUCGCCAAGCUGUGGGAUAUCCGGACCGGAAAGGCCGUUCAGACCUUUGCCGGCCACGAGUCCGAUAUCAACGCCAUCCAGUUCUUCCCCGAUGGCAACGCCUUCGGUACGGGCUCGGAUGACACGUCGUGCCGUCUGUUCGACAUUCGCGCCGACCGCGAGCUCAACACCUACCAAUUGAAUUCGCAGAGCGACCAAGUGUUGUGCGGUAUUACCUCCGUCGCAUUCUCUGUCUCGGGACGACUGUUAUUCGCGGGCUACGAUGACUUUGAAUGCAAGGUCUGGGAUGUCCUCCGUGGAGACAAGGUUGGCUCCCUGAGUGGGCAUGAGAACCGUGUCAGCUGUCUGGGCGUCAGCAAUGACGGUAUCAGUCUGUGUACCGGUUCUUGGGACUCUUUGGUAAGUGAUGACUUCCACCAUCCCGCCUCAAGAUGUGCAGCUACUAAGACUUUCUUUUUUUUUCUUCCGUGCAGCUCAAGGUUUGGGCCUGGUAAAGCCGCAAUAUACAUAUCUAUGUCUAUCCUUCCCUCUUGUAUCGAGGGAUGUAAGGUUGAACACAAAAGCAAUAUGUCUGUCCUUUUGUACGAUAUUUCCUAUAUUGACUUCGGAUGCUUGGUCGCCCUUCCCGCCGUUUAA